UCAAAUAUCUCAUAUGAUCCAUUCAGAGCUGAUCAUGUGACUUACAGCCUCACAGGUUCAUUCUUCUCGCUCAGUCCAUAACUGCACAACUUGCAAAGACAUCUCCAUACAGGACAUGAGGAUGUUGAAGGAAACUCUGGGUUUCCUGUUACUGUGGGCCUGUCUGGACUCUGCACACUCAAGGAGCUGCUCGUCGUUUUUCUGCCGAAAAUCUCUCCGUGUCAGCGGCCUGAACGGAGUGGAUCCCGGUUCUCCUCUCUUUCUCACCCCUUACCUGGAGAAGGGUGCCAUAGAUGAAGCCAGGAAACUGAGUCUGGUAGGAGAGCUACCAGGUGUCAAUGUCAAAAGCUAUGCAGGGUACCUCACUGUCAACAAAAAAUACAACAGCAACCUCUUCUUCUGGUUCUUCCCUGCACUCAAGCCGAGCCAAGGGAAAGCUCCGGUCCUGCUCUGGCUGCAAGGCGGACCCGGCGGCACCUCCAUGUUCGGUCUGUUCGUGGAACAUGGACCAUAUGUGGUUUAUAAGAACAUGACUGUUGGUUUGAGAGACUACGCUUGGACAACCACAUAUUCAGUUUUGUACAUUGACAAUCCAGUUGGAACAGGUUUCAGCUUCACUGAAGACGACAGAGGUUAUGCUCAGAAUCAGGAUGACGUAGGCAGAGAUCUGUACAGUGCUUUAACACAGUUUUUCCAGAUCUUUCCCGAGUAUCAGUCCAAUGAGUUCUAUGCAACUGGAGAGUCUUAUGCAGGGAAGUACGUUCCUGCCAUUUCUUACUACAUCCAUAAAAACAACCCCACUGCCAAGGUGAAAAUCAACUUUAAAGGGAUGGCGAUUGGUGAUGGGCUCUGUGAUCCAGAAAUGAUGCUCGGUGGUUACGGUGAGUUCUUGUACCAGACAGGAAUGGUAGAUGAACAGCAAAAAGAGUAUGUUAAUCAGCAGACAGACCAGGGGGUUGAGCUCAUCCAGCAGCAGAAGUGGGUGGAGGCUUUUCAGGUUUUUGAUCGCUUGCUGAAUGGUGACGUGGAUCCAUAUCCCUCCUUCUUCCAAAAUGCUACAGGCUGCACCAACUACUUCAACUACAUGACAUGUCAGGAGCCUGAAGACCAGGAGUACUUCUCCCAGUUUGUGACUCUGCCAACCGUGCGACGGGCCAUCCACGUGGGGAACCUGACCUUUCAUGAUGGCUCAGAGGUGGAGAAACACCUCCUGCAGGACGUCAUGAAGAGCAUCAAACCAUGGCUGGGGGAGCUGAUGGACAACUACAGGGUCUUAAUCUACAGUGGUCAGCUGGAUGUAAUUGUAGCUGCUCCUCUGACUGAGAGGUUCCUGCCUACUGUUAACUGGACUGGGGCAGAUGAGUACAAAACAGCCCAGCGUUACCACUGGAAGGUUCAGCCCUCUGACACAGAGGUGGCAGGUUACGUGAGACAAGUGAAAGAGUUUUACCAGAUCAUCAUCCGAGGAGGGGGACACAUUCUGCCUUACGACCAACCAGCGAGGUCUUUUGACAUGAUUGACAGAUUCCUCUCAACACGAGGCUGGAUAUGAAAUGUUUUAUUGUUGAAAUGCAGCUGAUCAAAGCACCUCCACCUUAAAGAGCAUAUUCUCGAUCAGUGAGCGUUGAUUUGAAAGACUGUUGAUUGUCUCAUCCAGUGUAAAUCAGCACGUUUACAGAUUUGGUACACGUCUUCGCAGCUGAUUUGUUUUUGUUUUUUUAGCAUUUUAGCAGAGGUGACAUUAUGUUCAGGGCUUUGGACUGCUCUCUAAUGCACUGCAAAUGAAAAUAAGUUCUCCUUGCCUGGAUUCAGACUUCUAAAUUGCUGCCCACAUUUCAGAAUCAGAUAUAAACUAAAUGGCAGUUCAGUCUGAUUAUCAGGCCUGAAUUCUAUGAAAAUCAUUUCAUGUUUAUUUUUGUUGGGAUUGUGUCAGGGAAGUAUAGUUUAUGUUGCAAUCAUUCAGGAGAAAAGUAAAGAAUAAACCUCGUAACUGAAGAA